UGCUCGACUAGUACUAUCAUGGCUGCUCCAAUCGCGGAGUCCUUUGCACCUAGGCCAUCCUAUUCAGAACCAUUUUUGCAAUAUGGACCAAUUCCCCUGUUUGAACAUCACCUCAAGGUCUUGACAGACUCAUAUUUAAGCUUCUUCCAAGAAAGAAAACGUAUCGAAGAAGUAUACAUCGAAUCCUUGCUCAAACUUCACCGGAAAGUGAAAUCCAUCGACAACUAUUUAGACGAUCGGACAGAAAUUAGCACUUCCAGGAGAGCAUGGAACGAGGUUCGGGAUAACGUUGAGAGAGAAGCACAAACCAGACAAGCAUUUCUCGCAACGCUUACGGUAGAUGUUGUUAAUGCCUUGACAUCACUCAAGGAGACGCAGGAGCGUACGCGCAAACGUAUCAAAGAAGAUUUGAAAGAAUCUGGCAGUGCCUACACUGACUAUGCUGAGAAUACAUUACCAAAGCUGAAGCGCGCAUACCUGAAAAAAUGCCAAGAAGUCGAGGUCAGUACUGAGGUAGUGAUUUUUUGCAGUCACCUACUAUGUUUCUUUAAGGAUCACAAAGCUGCCGCGGCCGCCGCGCCGCCGCAUCCAAUAUCUACUAGUACUACGCCGUAUUCAGAACAAAGCGGAACUACUUUGAGUACUUCGCGAUCCAAUCCCAGUUUGCCGUCCCGGCCUGUUGUUACUGCCCCUCAGCCAUUACGUCCUCUUGAUAGACGACCCUCUGGAAGCGCGCCUGGACCACGUAAUCGCUCACCGUCCACUUCAGGCACAUUUUCUGAUUUUGCUCAGCAUGGAAAGAAACAACUUAACCAACUCAUCACAUUCUUAGAUAAGAGCGGUACCGUGAAAGAGAGUUUGGGCGUACGCUCAGAGAAUAGCGCGCUCCGUGCUGUCCGUGCGAAACGAGAAGCUGAUGAUGCUGAUAGGGAAUACCGAAAAGGCGUUCAUUGGCUAGAGACCCUUAGACUCAGGCGCACUAAGAUCCUUGCAAGUGGUUACAAGAGUCUGGAGACUUUUGUGUAUGAAUAUUCGAAUACAGUCAAGAAUGUGCUGGAGAAAUAUCUCGAUAACAUGACUGCAACUACUACAACACAGACACAGCUAUCAUCACAUGGACGUUCCGUGGUCGACAAAAUCUCCCCAGAAAAAGAUGUAUCGCUUGUAACGACCUUCAUUCCUCGUUCACUGGCAUCGGCAAUAGCCAAACCAAUACUUUACUAUAACUACAAUGUUGGCGAAUGCAACGACCUCAUCUUCGGCUUUAGUUUGGUGGAUUAUGCCACUGCUCAGGGCCUUGGGGAAUACGAUAUUCCAAAAAUUGUGCGUAUCUGUGUAGAAGAAGUAGAUCAAAGGGGAUUAGACGCCGAGGGCAUUUACAGGGUAUCUGGCAGGCAUGCUAUUGUACAUGACCUACAACAUAAGAUAGAACGAAACGAAGCCAGUUUCAAGUUUAACGCGCUUACUGACGAUGUUUAUGCCGUAUCCUCCCUAUUGAAGCUGUAUUUGCGCGAGCUUCCGGAACCGUUGUUUAGAUUUCCACUGCAGGAUCGUAUAGAGCAUACGGGAGACCGAGCCGAACACCAGUCGAAUCACUUUGCCCUACUGCGUUCGAAGAUACGGCGGCUACCUGCAAUCCACCGUGCGACUCUCCGUGCUCUGGUUGAGCAUCUAACCCGGGUAGCAUCCAAUGCAGAUAAGAACAAGAUGGACGCAAAAAACCUUGCAAUUGUAUUCGGUGCCGUCAUCUUUGGUGAAGAUGAAAUUCCAAAGGGCGGUGACCUUUUGAGUGUUCAGUCAUGGAAGGAUACGCUGAUGGAGGACAUGAUUAACAAUGCCCGAGAUAUUUUCGAAGACCUUCCGCCUGCCGGUAACUCCCCUCCUUUGCCUGCUGCACCACUCGGUGAACCCAUACCUGUGUACACGUAUGGUUCAUCGCACACGAAGAUUGGCAGUGUCUCUCUGAGGCCUCAAUCCCCCAGAAGCUCAGAAGACUUCACUCCCCGUCUCCCUAUACGACCGACAGGCAGCAUACAUCCUUCGCUCCGUGCAAACCCGGCUUCGCCGACACGUAUCACCAUGGAAAUUCCUUCGGUGUCAUCACGAACUGCUCAGGGCGGAAACGAUGAGUCAUCGCCGUCGCCUACUGGUUCUGCGUCAAAGCGCACGGAAUCGGAGAUAGACACAUCACCGCUCCCAUCGCCUCCCAUCUCUCCUGCGGGCGAAGUGGCAAGCGAACCAAUACAAUAAGGUUAUCUCUUUGUUGUGCAUCGAGUUUUAAGAUAGAACUUUUAAUAAACACUUUCGCUCAGGGUAAUUGUGUGUUUCUCUGGAUAAUUGACGUCUAC